AUGUGGGUCCUGGACGUCAUCGCAGGCACAAGCGACGGCGCUGACAUGGCGUUCUAUCUCGUGGCGGGCGAGUGGACCGUCGGUCGCAAGCGCUGCCACUUGAGCUUCCUCGGUGACUCGUCCAUCUCUCGCACGCACGCGCUGAUCCGCGUUGGCGCGUUAACGUCCGACCAAUUGGGAGAUCCGUCGACUCGACCGGCACUGGAGCUCGUGGACACGACCUCGCGCUUUGGCUCGUUUGUGAACGAGGAAAAGUGCAUUGGCACAAGGAGAUUGCAGCCUGGUGACGAGAUCUCGUUCGGGGCGAAGAAGACUGUGCUGCGGGUGCGUUACCAAGUGAUUGUGCUCGUCGCGUCGCGUAUCCAGCGAUCGAGUCGCGUGCAGGUGAACGACGCGUGUCAGUGCACGGGAAUGCACGUGAUUGCAGCACCAAGUAAAGACGCGACACAUUGCAUCAUGGAUCAAGGCCACAUUGUAGCCACUGUCAAGGUGCUGUGGGCCCUCGUGUACAACCAGCCGGUGGUGUGCACCCAAUGGCUAUAUGCUAUUUUGAAUCGAUCGAGGCUAUCGGACCCGUUGCCACGGUGUGAAGACUACCUUCCUGCGAAUCCAUCCUUGCCGUCGGUUGAACGCAAUUACUUGCCGGAUCCGCUGCGGAAGACGCUGUUCCGAGGGUAUGCAGUGGUCUUCUUAACACCACAGUCGAUGCAAGAGCUUAUUCCCGCAAUGGAUGGCGUUGUAGUCACUGCGUACAAAGAAGUUGACGGGGACGACCGUAUGCUGCGUGAGAUGGAUUCACUAACUUCGAGUAAGCAGAUACUGCUUAUAGAACCUUUGCAAGUUGCAGGAUCUUCCUGUACGGCAGGGCAGAGUGAACAGCAAGCUUCAGCGUUUGACAACCCACCAUGUUCGAUCGAUGUAGUGGAGCGACGGGUAAAGCUGUUUGCGGCAAUGGGAGCGGUGUUUACGAGCGUGCAAGAACUAGCUGCGUGUGUGAUAUUUGUGAAAUCGCCCACGUCAUUGAAUGGCACGGCUUUCAAUCACAACCUUGCCAGCUACUCGAAAACAUCCAUCCAGCGUAGGAGCUCUCCAGAACGUUUGAGUGUGCAGUCGACAUCAACUGUGGAUCACAAGAAUAAAAAGGAUGAAACCAAGCAAGAAGAGAAGGACAAGGAAUUUGACCAUGAUGCAACGAUGGAGGAGAAUUAUAAGCAACUGUCCAGCCCUCACUACGAGGGUGCCGAGAUCAAAGGCCGUAACGUAUCGACAGAUUCAAACAUCAACGUUAUGCAGCUUUUAAAGAGAGAGCUACGAGGACAAGGUAUUGUUCUCCGAGGCUUGAACGACGAGCAGGAAUUGAUGCUGACUACUGUUUUCUUGGUGCUGGUACUUAUUUGCUACGUGACUAAUGAAGGGACUUUGUCGCCAAGUAAGCGCAUGCGUGAGAUGACGCCCAGCAAGUCGAGAGCUGUAGACCUAUCAGCAUGGAAAUCCUUGCGCUUGUUACGUCAACACGACAUGAAACCCAAACAACACGACAAUUCUGGCGAGCCAGUCGUGAUGAGUUGUGAGUUGGUUGUGAAGAAGCGAGAGUCCUUCCAGCAAAGCAUGGAGGGAGGGAAUGGAUUGGUGAAUUACAAGCGGUUUAAGAAGCAAGAAGGUUGCGGAUCACGAGCUUCUCUGUUCCCUCAGCAGACAGUCGUGAGCGUUGUCAACAACGCUGACCGUGUAGCCCUCCAGGGCAACCUGGAUAUAAUGGAAGAACAAGAACGAAUCGCAGAGGAGUUGUUUGCCGUGGGGGAAGGACGAGCCAAAACCAAGCUAUUUCAGGCCAGCUAA